CUUAUUUAUUUAGGUCUAGCUUACGUUUUGGUAAAGGAAUCAAUGGACGUCUCUUGGAGGUGGGGCUUGUGGUUUAGCCGGUUGAGUAGACUUUGGGAAGCUCAGCUGCGGAGGAACUAACAGGGAGUCGAGUUUCACUUGUUACCGGCUACACUCGGAGCUGGGCAAUCAUGGUUUGCCAGAAUAGCUAUUUAUCUCAUUUUCUUUGGAGCAUUGUAUCUGCAAUGUUGUUGUUAUCGGCAUUUGCAGAUGAUCACACUCAACCCAAAGUAGAAGAGGGACAUCAUGGAGGUUCUCAUUUUGAUAAAAACAUGGUGCAGGACAAAGACCACAUCAUGGAACACUUAGAAGGAGUUGUUCAGAAACCAGAAGCAGAUAUGUCUCCUCAGGAAUUGCAGCUUCACUACUUCAAAAUGCACGACUAUGAUGGCAAUAAUUUAUUGGAUGGUCUUGAGAUAGCAUCUGCAAUUUCACAUGUGCAUAAACAGGAAGGUCAUGAAGAGCCUCAAGUAUUGAAAGAAGAAGUUAUUACCUUAAUAGAUGAGAUUUUAAGAGAUGACGAUAAAAAUGAUGAUGGCUUUAUCGACUAUGCAGAAUUUGCCAAAUCAAUGCAAUAAAGGCUAAAAAAAUUUUUUUUUCCAUUUGUGACCCAGUAAAAUGUGAUAGGUUGUUCUAUUACUUGAGUACUUUUAGAUGUUUUCUCUGCUUAUUUGGAGUUUAGUUAUUUAUAUGUAAUGUGCAAGGUAUUUUGUAUAUAGAAAUAGAUGCUUAAAAACUUCUAUAUAGAUUUUUUUUUUGUUUGUUCGUUCAUAAACGCAAUGUAUACAGUUAAAGACCCUUUUCAACGGUUUGCUUAAAAGGGUGGCAUUCAUCUUUGAGGCAAAAACUGAUUUAUUACAGAAAAAUGCCCUACUUCCUUACUAGAGAAAUUGCAACGGUUUACUUUCAAAAGAAUUAUGAGUCUGACUGCUACAGUGCUGUAAAAUACAAUAAGAUGGAUGAUAACACUACUCAUCUUAUCACAAUAUAUUACCAUAGUGCGAUCUUAUCACAUUUUAAUAUAGUUCCUUUUCAUAAGCUAGUUUAUUAAAUAUAUUGCUUAUGUACAGCACGGACCUAGAUUCCAGUCUUAGAAUUGACACAAGAAGACAUUUUAUGGAAGCUCAGAUCAUUUUCCAGUUCAUAUAUUUAUUUUUGCUUUAUUUCUAAGCAGUUGUCUGAAAUAACAAUUAAACAGUGAUACGGAGUGGGAGUGUGUGGGUUAGUGUGCUAUGUUCCUGCAUUUCUUGGCAGGUACCAGGAUACUCUGGCAUCCAGUGUGAAAGAAAGAUGCCAACUGGCCUAUUUUUUGUCACAGAGACAGUAAGAUUUUGUCACUAAAAGUGGUGGCUUUCCCAUAAAAAAUAAUAAUUGUGCUGUUCCCUAAACAAAUUGCACAGAAGGAGCAGUGGGAACAGAAUGGAAGGGGAACAUGUAUCUGAAAUAAAGGUACAACAGUGGCUUACUUAGAAGUAGAAAGGUAAUAUUAGAGAAUACAAUUAUGAAAGAAAUUACACCGUGGCCGAUUUAUUAUAGUGCGAGCAAGCACAAUCUGCUGCUGUUGUAAUGGAUCACAUCGAUAAAUGCCAACAGCAUACGCGUCGGCAUUUAUCGUUGCACAAGCAUUUCUCAUGAAAUGCUUGUGCAGUGCCGGUCCCUGCACAUUUGCGGCCAAUCUGCUGCUAGCAGGGAGUGUCAAUCAACCCGAUCGUAUUCGAUCAGGCUGAUUGCUGUCCGCCGGAUCAGAGGUGGCGGACGAGUUAAGGAGCAGCGGUUUUAUGACCGCUGCUUCUUAAUUUCUGCUUCAGGCGGAUCUGAAGCAGAGUGGGUCGGAAACAGCAUCCGCUGCUUCAUAAAGCGACGCCCUAGGCUGAUAUCUCACGUGUCGGGUUAUAUUUUAAUACCCAUGGUUACUGAUAAUUAGCUUAUAAAUUCACAUGUGCUCUAGUUCAGAUAUCCUGCAAAUCUGGCUUGUUAGGGGUACUUGAAGACUAGAGUUGAGUAACAGUGUCCUAGUGCAACAACAGUUUUGUUGGGGCCUUGCAAUUGACAAUUCACUCAUUCUACAAUAAUUGCCAUUCUAUAUUCAUGAAGAUUUGGAACACCUAGCCCACCUGUUUAAGGAGAUUUGUUGUUGCACUGGAAAUAAUUAUAGGUAAUGCCUUAAAGGGACAUGAAACCUCAAAACUGUAUUUUAUGGUUCAGAUACAUCAUACUAUUUCAAAUAUCUUUCCAAUUUACUUCUAUUAUCAAAUUUGUGUCACUCUCUUGGUAUCCUUUGUUGAAAGAGCAGCAAUGCACAACUGAGAGUUAGCUGAACACAUUAGGGUGAGUCAGUAUUGAGGUUUAUAUGUGCAUCCACCAAUCAGAAACUAGUUCCCUGUAGUGCAUUGCUGCUCCCGAGCCCACCUAGGUAUCCUUUUCAACAAGGCAUACCAAGAGAACAAAGCAUAUUAUAUUAUAGAACUAAAUUGGAAAGUUGUUUAAGUGAAUAUUAAAACAUUCAACAAACAAUGAAUUCUGUAAGCAAUGCAGGAAUGGAGAUUUCAGUGGAGAUUAAAGUGAUGAGAUAAUCAUCCAUAUAUUUAUACCUGUAAAUUGAAGGUUUAUAUGUUAUCUUAUUAAAAUUAAUUUCCCCUCAUAUAAUUGUUAUUUGUUAUUCUGGCAGCGAACAUUUUAAUAAAACAAAAAUAGGUUA